GACGUGCCGGGGGGCGUGGUCUGUAGCGGCGCUGUGCGAUGGCCGCAGAGGCACUGGAAGCGGUGAGAGUGUGAGACAGAGAGCGAGGAGCCGGGGAGGAGGAGGUGGUCAAGGCGGCCCGGUGAGGGGAGGCCGAGGACGGGAUAUCCGCCCUGGCCUGACCUGUAACUGGACAUGGCCGCAGCCUCACCAAGGCCGGCUACGAGAAAUAGUCAUGAAGAUUUAAUGCUGCACGUGACAGUGUCCUGUGCCAAACUGAAGAGAAAAAAGAAUUGGUUUGGAACUACAGUGUACACGGAACUGGCUGUCAAUGGCGAGACAAAAAAGACUGCAAAAUCGAGCAGCUCAAGUAAUCCAAAAUGGGAGGAGCAGUUAACUGUGAACGUAACGCCAGAAACCACACUUGAAUUUAAGGUAUGGAGUCACCAUACUUUAAAAGCAGAUGCACUGCUUGGAAAAACCUUUGUAGACUUAAAACAAGCCUUGGAAACCCACAAUAGCAAGUUGGACAAAGUAAAACAGCAGUUAAAGCUUUCGUUAGAUGGCAAGCAUGGCACUGUCCAGACGGGUGAAUUAAGCAUUAUUUUAGAUGGUUUGAUUGUAGAACCAGAAUCCCUCAAUACCAGAUCAACAUCUCCUCCACUCAUAGAAAUCCAGCAAAAUGGUGAUGCUAUUCGUGAAAACGGAGCUGAAACCUCUUUGGAGGCAAGAAGGAGCUCUACUGUUGACGUUCCCAACGGGACAUCUAGUGAAACCCCAUCCGGUUACACAGAACAGAAUGCCUUUAAUGCACAAAUAGCAAACAGAGACGGCGCCCACUCCUCUCCUCAUGUUGCAGCCAGACCCAAAAAUACACCAGCACCAAAUCCACUUAAUGCUCAGACGGGCAGUAGAACUGUUAACGGCACAACUGCUGCAAGUGAAGCCAAUAGCACAUCAUGUCCUGAAGUGUUAGCAGCCCCUGCAGGAUCAUUCAUAUCAGAUUGCACAGACAAUACAAGUGACCCAGCAGGUACACAGGUGACCUGCACUUCAGAAAGCAGCACACCCACAGUAAACAGUACAGUCAAUGCUGCACCUGAACCUGCAAGGGCUACAGACUCUGUGUCAUCUUCUGCUGCUGGCAGCACCAGCCCCGAAGCGUUGAAACCAAGGCAAUCGACAGCUACUGCCUCUGUGGAUCCUGUAAGACAGCAACCUAGCAGCACUGCAGAGCCCCUGCCACCUGGAUGGGAACAAAGAAAGGAUCCUCAUGGCAGAACAUACUAUGUAGACCACAAUACAAGGACUACAACGUGGGAGCGUCCCCAGCCUUUGCCUCCAGGGUGGGAAAGAAGAGUCGAUGAUCGAGGAAGGGUUUAUUAUGUCGACCAUAACACACGAACCACAACAUGGCAGCGGCCUACCAUGGAAUCAGUCCGAAACUUUGAGCAGUGGCAGUCCCAACGCAAUCAACUCCAGGGAGCUAUGCAGCAGUUCAACCAACGAUACCUCUAUUCGGCUUCAAUGCUGUCAGCAGAAAAUGAUCCGCUUGGGCCUUUGCCACCAGGAUGGGAACGAAGGGUGGAUUCUACUGAUAGAGUGUAUUUUGUAAAUCACAAUACAAAAACAACACAGUGGGAAGACCCUCGAACUCAAGGUUUACAAAAUGAAGAUCCCCUUCCAGAGGGAUGGGAAAUCCGCUAUACAAGAGAGGGAGUCAAGUACUUUGUUGAUCACAACACAAAGACAACCACUUUCAGUGAUCCACGUACUGGGAAAUCAUCAGUAACAAAAGGUCCACAAAUUGCUUAUGAACGCAGUUUUCGGUGGAAACUCGCUCAUUUCCGUUACUUGUGUCAGUCAAAUGCAUUGCCAAGCCAUGUCAAGAUAACCGUAUCCAGGCAGACACUUUUUGAAGACUCCUUUCAGCAGAUCAUGGCGCUAAAACCGUAUGAUUUAAGAAGACGGCUAUAUGUAAUGUUCAGAGGGGAAGAAGGUUUAGAUUAUGGCGGUCUGGCAAGAGAAUGGUUUUUCUUACUUUCUCAUGAAGUGCUGAACCCGAUGUACUGCUUGUUUGAAUAUGCAGGAAAGAGCAAUUACUGCCUGCAGAUUAACCCAGCAUCAACGAUCAAUCCUGAUCAUCUCUCCUAUUUCUGCUUCAUCGGACGCUUCAUUGCUAUGGCCUUGUUCCAUGGUAAGUUUAUUGAUACAGGAUUUUCUCUCCCAUUCUACAAGAGAAUGUUGAGCAAGAAACUCACCAUCAAAGACCUGGAAUCCAUUGAUCCAGAGUUCUAUAACUCCCUAAUAUGGAUAAGGGACAAUAACAUUGAAGAAUGUAACUUGGAGAUGUACUUUUCUGUGGACAUGGAGAUUCUGGGGAAAGUCACAUCUCAUGAUCUCAAACCUGAAGGAUCCAAUGUCCUUGUUACUGAAGAAAACAAGGAAGAAUAUAUUGGGCUAAUGGCAGAGUGGAGAUUCUCACGUGGAGUUGAAGACCAAACCAAAGCAUUUCUUGACGGCUUUAAUGCUGUCGUCCCACUUCAAUGGCUGCAGUACUUUGAUGAGAAAGAGUUAGAGGUGAUGCUCUGCGGAAUGCAGGAAGUGGAUUUAUCAGACUGGCAGCGGAACACAGUGUAUCGUCAUUAUACACGAAAUAGCAAGCAGAUCAUUUGGUUCUGGCAGUUUGUGAAGGAAAUGGACAAUGAGGUGCGACUUCGGUUACUCCAAUUUGUCACUGGUACCUGCAGGUUACCUCUGGGCGGAUUUGCGGAGUUGAUGGGGAGUAAUGGACCUCAGAAAUUCUGUAUUGAGAAAGUUGGCAAAGAAACAUGGCUGCCAAGAAGUCAUACAUGUUUCAACCGUUUGGAUUUGCCUCCCUAUAAAAGCUACGAACAGUUAAAAGAGAAGCUGCUUUUUGCAAUUGAAGAAACUGAAGGUUUUGGCCAAGAAUAAAUAGCAGCUGUGUCUAAGACGCACACAAUGCUAAAGGACAUCUGUGUUCUGUCCAGCCAAGUAACAUUGCACACUCUUACUUGUAUAUAAGCUGUUUAGUCUGUACAGUGAUCUUUCUGAAACUAAUGCGUAGAUAUUUCUGUUCUUCCACAUAGAUAUGCAAAACACUUUAGCCUUUUCUAUUUUUAUUUAUUUCCCCUUCAAAUAACAGAAUAGAUAAAAUAACUUUAAUUUUAAAAUGCUGACCGAAGACUUUAUUUUAAGAUUUAUAUAACUGUGUAUGUACUGAGAACUCUAGUUUUAUAGAGUUGUAAGUAUACAAAAAGAAAAUCACAGCCAUUGGAGGACUGGACCUGCUUUAUUCAAUAAGAAACACUUUGCGAUCAGUGGUUUCCGUAUACAACAUCCAUACCACAAAUGAUUAUUGCAUGGCAGCCAACAAAUGGUGUUAAAGGCUAAUGCCCAAAAAAAUAAAAAAGACUUGAUUAAAAUAUAAACUGCUGCUGGCUUUUUAAAGUGGCAGAAAAUGCCCAGUUCUGCCCAAUUCAUGUAUUCAGUGUGAUAACUGGUGAUCUCUUCAAUGGUGCAAAUAUAGAGGAGCUGUGAGUGGAACGAUGUACCGGUGUAGGUAGCAGUGUUCAAAUUAACCCUUUAGCAACAAGGGUUCUGCCUCACACAGUUGCAGAGUGGUGUUAGCACCACGCACGCAGCAUACAAUCAAUGUGGAACCACAGGCUUUUAGACUUGACAGGAUGAGGAGUUGAAGCUGUCUAGUGUAAAUACCAGGAUUACAUUGCAAACUUUUCAAAAGAAAAUGACAAAUUAAAUU